AUGUACUGGUGUGUGGGAACUGAGGAAUCCGCUAUUUGCAGAGAGCGCAACAUGGAUCCACAAAAUGGAACUGUGGACAUGGGUGGCAAACAGUCCACAGUCGGCGAAGUCUCCAUAGUUCAGACACCUGUGACAGAAAGCAUUCAGGAUGCUUACAAAGCUGGAGACACCAGUAAGGCCCAGGAGUUGAUUAAGUUGUCAUGUGAGGAGACUGCACUGCAAGUGGAAAAGUGUCAGCUUUUAGGUAUUGCAGCAGCAUAUGGAGAUCUGCAGGCAGUGAGGUAUUUACUGAAGGAAGCAUUAGUGGUGUUACCAACAGAACCUAAUGAUGACAAUGCAGCUGUCGUGGCUGCAUAUUUCGGACAUAAGGAUGUUGUGAAAGAGCUGCUGGAUUCCUUGCAUGGUCCUAGUACUUGCCAACAACUCCUGAACUGGAUGCUGGCCAUAGCCUGCCAGCAGGGACAUUUGGACGUAGUAAAACUCCUAAUUCGUGCAUACAGUGCUGACCCAGAGAGCUGUGCAGUCAGGAGGAAUGAGUUUCCAGUUCUUAUACGGUUGCCCCUGUACGCUGCUAUAAAGGCAGGGAAUGAAGAUGUAGCUGUGUUUUUAUUACGGAAUGGAGCUUUCUUUUGUUCCUACAUCCUCAUGGACAGUCCUGAAUCCAGCAAACACCUUCUGAGGAAGUAUUUCAUUGAGACAAGCCCACUACCAGGUAGUGCUCCAGCAAAAACAGCUUUGUGUGUGAACUGGUCAAACCUCAAACUGCCCUGGGUAGAUCUGGACUGGCUGAUUGAUAUCUCCUGUCAGAUAACGGAGCUUGAUCUCUCUGGCAACUGCCUGGUCUCCCUUCCAUCCGUGAUCCCAUGGGGCCUGAUAAACCUCAGGAAGCUCAGCCUAGCUGACAAUCAGCUGACGGAGUUACCCAGCGUGCAGUCAUCUGAUGAAAUUAUAUGUACAAGGUUACUUGAGGUCGACGUAUCCAGCAACAGGCUCACUACUCUCCCUUCUGGAUUCCUACAUCUUAAAAACCUUAAAAAACUCAUCGCUUCCAAAAACUACAUGGAGAAGUUAUUUGACGAGGAAAACACAACUAAUUGGAUUGGUUUAAGGAAGCUGCAGGACUUUGACGUCUCUGACAACAGGUUGGUGGAACUUCCAACGGUUUUUCUAUACUGCUUCAAGUCCCUAAACAUACUGAAUGUUUCCAGAAAUCAGCUGAAAGCGUUUCCAGAUCCCUGGGCCUGCCCCUUGAAAUGUUGUAAAGCAUCUAGAAACUCACUGGAAUUCCUACCUGAUACAUUGACUGUUUUCUGGAAAAAUCACCUCAGAGAAGUGGAUUUUUCUGAGAACUCACUAAAAGAAGUUCCACCGGGACUCUUCCAGCUUGAAGCUUUGGUGUCCCUGAAGCUGCUGGGAAAUCAGUUAGUUACAUUGCCUUCACAAGACAAGUGGAAUUGCAAACAACUUAAAUCACUGGAUCUUUCAAAAAACCAACUUGGGAAGAGUGACGAGGGAUUUAAAACAAAGCGGAUUCCCUUUUUCACCACGAAGAGCAGGGUGCGCUGUGGCCCAGAGGCAGGUCCUUUUUUGGAGUUUCCAGCAUUUCUGAGUGAUUCUCUGGAAGUCCUUUAUCUGAACGACAAUCAGCUGGACUCUGUCCCGCAGUCUGUUUGCCUUCUGAAAGGUUUAACAGAACUUUAUUUAGGAAAUAACCCUGGUAUCCGAGAGCUUCCUCCAGAACUUGGACAGCUGGCUAAUCUCUGGCAGCUGGAUAUCGAGGAACUAAAUAUAAGUAACGUUCCUGCAGAGAUCAGAAAAGAGGGUCCUAAAACAGUGCUGGCAUACUUACGAGCGCAGCUGCGCAAAGCAGAAAAGUGUAAGCUAAUGAAGAUGAUCAUCAUCGGUCCUCCACGACAGGGAAAGUCGACGCUGAUUGAAAUCCUACAGACAGGAAAAGUCCCCCAGAUGAUGCACAGCGAUGCCACCAUACGUACAACAAAGUGGGAGCUCCCAAAGCCAGUGGGACACAAGGCAAAGGUUGAUUCAGUGGAGUUCAAUGUCUGGGAUAUCGGAGGCCCAGCAAGCAUGUCUACAGUCAAUCAGUGUUUCUUCACAGACAAAGCAUUGUACAUAGUGGUAUGGAACUUGGCGCUGGGGGAAGAAGCUGUGGCAAACUUACAGUUCUGGUUGCUGAACAUUGAGGCCAAAGCUCCAAAUUCAGUGGUGUUAGUAGUAGGAACACACCUUGAUUUAAUUGAAACUAAAUUCCGUGUUGAGAGGAUAGCAACUCUGAGGGCAUACGUCUUGGCUCUCUGUCGAUCUCCCUCUGGAUCCAGAGCAACCGGCUUUCCAGAUAUCACAUUCAAGCACCUGCAUGAGCUCUCCUGUAAGACUCUGGAAGGCCUCGAUGGACUCCGACAGCUGAUUUUUCAUGUCACUUGCAACAUGAAGGACGUCGGCAGCUCAAUUUGCUCACAAAAACUUGCAGGGAGAUUGAUACCAAGAAGUUACCUUAGUCUUCAAGAAGCUGUCCUUGCAGAGCAGCAUAGAAGAAGUCAGAAUGAUGAUGUACAGUAUUUAACAGACAGACAAAUAGAACUGAUCAUUGAGCAAACCCCUGGAAAUGAUAUCAAAGACUACGAAGACUUGCAGACUGCAAUUAAUUUUCUCAUAGAAACAGGUACACUACUGCACUUCCCAGACACAAGCCAUGGCCUGAGAAACCUCUACUUCCUUGACCCCGUCUGGCUCUCAGAGUGUCUACAGAGGAUUUUCAACAUCAAGAGCUCCAAGUCUGUAGCUAAGAAUGGAGUCAUCAGAGCAGAGGAUCUGAGGAUGCUGCUGGUUGGGACGGGCUUCACUGAGCAAACCGAAGAGCAGUACUUCCAGUUCUUGGCCAAGUUUGAAAUUGCACUGCCUGUGGCCAAUAACAGCUACCUCCUCCCUCAUCUGCUUCCUACCAAGCCAGCAUUAGAUAUCCACGGACUCUGCCACCAGACCACAAACACAGUCCAAAGGGUCUUCAAGAUGAGUUUUGUCCCUGUUGGCUUUUGGCAAAGAUUCAUAGCCCGAAUGUUAAUUAGCCUGGCAGAGAUGGACCUCCAGCUUUUUGAAAACAAGAAGAACACCAAGACAAGAAACAAAAAGGUGACCAUCUACAGCUUCACCGGCACCCAAAGGAACCGCUGCAGCACGUUCCGAGUCAAAAGGACUCACACUGUUUACUGGCAGGAAGGUCUGUUCGUUACCUUUGAUGGAGGCUAUCUUAGCGUCGAGUCUUCUGAUGUGAACUGGAAAAAGAAGAAAAGUGGUGGAAUUAAAAUCAUUUGCCAGUCAGAAGUGAGAGACUUUUCAGCAAUGGCAUUCAUCACAGAUCAUGUCAACUCUUUGAUAGACCAGUGGUUUCCUGCACUCACGGCCACUGAGAGUGAUGGCACGUUGCUGAUGGAGCAGUAUGUGCCCUGCCACAUCUGUGCAGCUUCCAAGCCAGAGGAUAACGAGAAGGCGGAGGAUGCGCAGUACUUUAACAUGGAGGACUGUGUCCUGACUGCCAUUGAACUGGACUACAUCACAUGUCCUAACCACCCUGACAUCCCCGUUUCUCUCCAAGAGCUGGUCCCAGAGCUUUUCAUGACUGAUUUUCCUGCCAGACUGUUCCUGGAAAAUAGCAAACUGGAAUGCAGUGAAAAUGAAAACAACGUUCUCGGCCAGGGUGGAAGUGGGACUGUUAUAUAUCGGGCCCGAUACCAAGGAAAGCCAGUGGCUGUGAAGAGAUUUCAGAUUAAAAAAUGCAAGGGUUCUCCCACUUCAGCUGCAGAUACCAUGCUGAAACACCUGAGAGCCAUGGACGCCAUGAAGAACUUCUCCGAGUUUCGCCAGGAGGCCAGCAUGCUCCACUCACUGCAACACCCCUGCAUCGUCUCCCUCAUUGGCAUCAGCAUCCACCCUCUCUGCUUUGCCCUAGAGCUGGCCCCUCUGGGCAGCCUCACCACUGUUCUGUCUGAAAACUCCAAAGGGUCUUCCUUUGUGCCGCUGGGGCACAUGCUGACACACAAAAUAGCGUAUCAGAUUGUAACAGGCCUUGCCUACCUGCAUAAGAAGAACAUCAUCUUUUGCGACCUGAAGUCAGACAAUAUUUUGGUGUGGUCCCUGGACGUCAAAGAGCACAUCAAUAUCAAACUCUCCGACUAUGGAAUCUCCCGGCAGUCGUUCCACGAAGGCGCGCUUGGCGUGGAAGGCACGCCGGGCUACCAAGCUCCUGAGAUCAGGCCUCGCAUAGUCUACGAUGAGAAGGUUGACAUGUUCUCAUAUGGGAUGGUCCUGUAUGAGCUGCUGUCUGGUCAGCGGCCCGUGCUAGGACACCACCAGCUCCAGAUUGCAAAGAAGCUGUCUAAAGGGAUCCGUCCUGUUCUUGGGCAGCCGGAAGAAGUGCAGCUAUAUAGGAUGCAGGCACUCAUGAUGGAGUGUUGGGACACUAAGCCAGAAAAGCGUCCACUAGCCAUUUCUGUGGUAGGACAGAUGAAAGAUCCUACCUUUGCAACAUUUAUGUACUUGCUAUCCUGUGGGAAGCAGUCUUCCUUCUUCUGCUCCCAAGGACAGGAAUACACUGUGGUCUUCUGGGAUGGGAAGGAAGACACCAGAAACUACACGGUGGUGAAUCCGGAGAAAGGAGUCAUAGAAGUGGAGAGGAUGAGCUGCCCAGGAAUGAAGCUAUGCUGCCAAUUAAAAUUUCAGAAUGCCCUCUGGGCUGCCACUGAGGACCAGAAGAUUUCUGUGUAUGGGUUGCAGGGCAUGUGUCCUCUAAAGACUCCGCAGAAGGGUUUAGACACUCCUGCUACCGUGAGCUGCUUUCUAGUAAUUCCUGUUGUCAAAAAG